AAAUGAGUAAAUAAACUUUAAAACAUAUAAAACAUACGAUUUUUAGCAUUUCAUGCACCAUACCUUUUGACAAGCGAAGUGGACAAGAUGUAUACUUUAAGUUGUUUUCUUGUUGCUGCCAUGGCGACAUUCGUCGUUACUCAUAAUCCAGAGGAAGGAAAUUUAUUUGAAGGCGAUAUCAUUCUGUCGCCGGAUCAAAGAGCAGCUUUGGAAGAACAACAAAGCAAAAAUUCUUUUGCUUCAAUCAAAUCCUAUCAUUGGAAGGAUGGAACUGGCAAACCAGAUUUGAUCGUGUAUUUCAUCGAUCCAGCUAUAGCUGGUGCAAGAAGCGUCAUUCUACAAGCAGUGGCAGAUUAUGAGAAAGAAACAUGUCUACGAUUUCAAGAAGUCGGUUCCAAACCAUUGGAUCAACCACAUUUGUAUUUUGCAUCAGGAAGUGGAUGCUCUUCACCAGUAGGAAAGUACGGUAAUGGCAACAGAAUAUCUUUAGCACCGGGAUGUUGGACAAAAGGAAUAGUAAUGCAUGAGAUGGGACACAGUCUCGGUUUCUUCCACGAACAAUCAAGACCCGACCGUGACCAAUAUGUGAAAAUUUUAUACGAAAACAUUGAUCCAAACGCAGCGUUUAACUUCAACAAAUACAAUACCGACAGAAUCGAUUCACUUGACACGGCCUACGAUUAUAAGAGCAUGAUGCAUUAUGGGGGGAAGUAUUUUACCACUGAUUGGAACAAGCUUACCAUUCAAACACUUGAUCCUGCGAUGCAAGAUGAGAUUGGUCAAAGAAAUGGAUUCAGUAAUGGUGAUAUCUUACAGUUCAAUAAAAUGUACUGCAGUGGAUCCACUGGAGGUGUGUGUCAAGACACCGACACUAAUUGCAAACAUUGGACAACCUACUGCAGCUCAAACAGAUAUGUGCAACAGAACUGUAUGGAAACGUGCGGAAAAUGCUAAUGUAGCUCUUUUGAGACAAAAAAUUAAAUAUGAUUAAA